AUGAGUCGAGAGGAUAGCCGUAAAAGCGAACCGCCACCAGGCGACAACGAUAGGAGUGGAUUGCCAGACGGUGAUUGGCAAGGGAACCAUUUCCUAGGAAAGGGGGGUCAAGGAGCAGUUCAUUACUGGGUCAAAGUCGACUCGAACCAAAGGAUUAUCGAUCGUGUGGCCAUCAAAGACUCCUGGAGCACAGAAUCUACGUGGGAGCCCAACAUCUACAAGGGCAUAUACGACGAGCUGGUACGCAAAGGCAUGAGCCUUAGUGAUGCACUCCAAGGAAGCUCGGUAAAGCUUCCAUUUUACAAAGAGGCCUACAUCCAAGGACUACUCACCCCGGAGUUUCGUGCAACAAAAUCCAAUACCGUACGUCUACGUGGUUUCAGGAGAGGAGACGUCAAGGAUCCCUAUCAAACAGCAAUACAGUCAACUCAUUGGCGUAUCUACAUGGAUCACAUGUACCCUGGUGACUUGUAUGAUCUCAUCAGAUACUAUACCAACAAAGAAAAACCUAUUCCAGAGCCUUUCAUCUGGUGGGUCAUGAAAUGCCUCGCCUCUGCUCUUGUACAGAUGGAAGACCUCUCACGAGCACGAUCAAACGCACGUAAAGAGAAGGACGAAACCGUUGUGUUAGUAGACAUGAAGCCAUCUAACAUAUUUCUCGACGCUCCAGCAGAAGAUGAGUUCGUGGUGUACGCCAAGCCUGUUAUAGGUGAUUUUGGAUCAGCUCAUCUUACCUACAAAGACGACCCAACGAAUGUAUCGAACGGUCUGAGUAUAAUCUGGUCGCGAGGAUUCUUAGCUCCGGAGCUUUUUGCACCGGACACAUCCAACGAUAAGAAGAUGGACGACAGUGGCUGGGAUGGGGACAUCGCUCAUGACGAGAUGGACGACUUGAGAUAUACUGAAGAUGAAGAGAUGAGCGAUAUAGACAAGGACCACGCAAAAGCUACAAAGCCGGUCUUGUACUCCUGGACCAACGUUUGGCAACUCGGCAAGACUAUCGAGUCUAUGAUGCGAAUAGAGACUCAUCCCGAAGACCGCAAUUGGAAAGAUCCAGAAGACAGAGAGUCACGAAUUAAGGUCGACCCUCCACACCAUGAAGCCGAGCCUGAUUUUCUCUACAGCGAGGAUCUUAUCGACAUAGUAUGGCGUUGCCAAAAAUUUGAUCCCGAAUCUAGGCCCACACCCGCUGACCUACUGGAUAUGAUUAAAUCCAUUUCUCCCCUCCACGUGCAUCGGAUGGACAUAUGGGGUACUGAGGAAUGGAUUUCGGAGCAAUACGAAGACAUGGGCACCUUGACCGAGGACCACAAGAGGGCAAUGAGAGCGAAUAUCAAGAAGCGUGCAGACGCUGGUAAACUAUGGUUUCUUCACGAUUUUGAAGAUCGGAAUCUGGCUACACUUUACCGAGAACUGGACUUGGAUAUCCCUUCAGAUUGCGAGCUCAUAUGGAUGCCUCAGAGGUUCAGAGACAGAAUAGGCCAGAUAUUCGGGGCUGAAGAAUCAGAACUGGCUGAGAACCCAGACACUCCAGAGAAUCGCAACAACAAGCGGCCCAGAUCAGAUGAGGCCAUCACAAUGACACAGACGAGGAAGAAACCGCGGAUAUAA